AUGACGAAACAGGUUCUGUUGUGUCUUUUGCACGAUGCCAGAAAUAAUAUAAAAAAUGAAAUAUCUCAAUUAACAGAUGACAUAGAUUACUUGAAAGAAACUAUGAAGAUAAAACAGAAUAAAAGUUUUAUUAAUUCAUUGAGAGGAAGAUUGGAUGGAAGAAAAGAAAAACAAUAUGAAGAAUUAAAAAAAUUUUUAUCGCAAUAUUUAAUGUAUCUGUUAGAGAUUAGAAAAGGUGAAAAUAAAAAAAUGAAUGUUUAUAAUGGUAUGAAUGAGGAAAAAGAAGAAGCUCAUUUAUAUUUAGAUAAAACAAUUGAACGAAUAAACUCCGAAAAGAUUAACAAUAAAUAUUUUAAUGAAGAGAAAAAAAACAUAGAACAAUUAAAAAGUAUGUGUAAUAAGAGAUAUAUAUUAAAAAACAUAUUAAAUUUAAUAAAAAUAUGUAAUGUAAAAGAUUUUAAUUGUGAAGAAUCAAAAAAUAUGUUUAGUGAUAUAAUGUAUGAAUUAAAAAAUAUAAGUGAAUAUAUUCCAGAAGAGAGAAGACAAGCCAAUGAUAUAUUAAAAAAUGAGAGAGGACAUAAUAUAAAUGAUAAAAUUCAAUGUGAAGAUAAAAAUAAUUAUUAUAUAAAUAAAGAGAACGAGGAAGUUAGUACAUCCUUAUAUAAUUUUGAUGAUUCUAAAAAGGAGAUGGAUGAAGAAUCAUACAUUUCAUCUACAGCUCCUUCAUUGAACUGGUCCAUUGACAUGUAUAACUAUGAUAAAAAAAAAUUCAUUUUAAAUAAUGAUAAUAUAAAUAUAGAACCAAAUAAUAAUAGUACAUCACAAAAUGAGAGAGAUUAUUUAUUAAAUUCUUCAGAAAAGGAAAAACAAAUUUUUUCUUUUAAUAAUACUACUAAACAUGAAUCUCUGAAUAAAUUUUUUUUAAAUAAAAAAUUGGGAAAGGAAAUAAAUAAUUUUGAUAACAUAAUAAAUGUUUUUGAUUUGGCUCAUGAUGUUGGUUAUAAUAAAUCGAAGUUAAUUGAAGGACAGACUUGUGAGGAUAAGAAAGAAUUAGAUGCUUUAAUAAGGAUUGAUAAAAAAAAAAAUAAAAAUAAAAAAAUAAAUAAUAAUAAUAAUAAUAAUUUUAUUAAAUAUGAAAAAGUUACAAAGGGUAGUAGUUUGAUAAACACAUUGGCAAGUGGCAACAUAAAGGGGUUGGUGCCUUUAAAAAAAUUUAUGGGAUCUAAAAAAGUUCCUCCUAUAAAAAGAUUUACAAAUAAUAAUAGCAAUAAUAGCAAUAAUAAUAAUAGGGAUGGUAAUAAUGAUGGUUAUAAGGAGGGACGCCGAGAACGGUCGUCCUCAUCGGAGCAGUCAAAUAUUAACAGGGAGAGAAAAGAAAAACAAAAUAAGAAUGAUAAUAUGAAACAAAUUAAAUAUCUUUUUCGUAUUAACAAUAAAGGGGAAGGAAUUUUUCGAAUUAAGAAGAAAGGUCCAAAGUGUGCGACUGAUUGUUUAUACGAUGUAGUAAUUACAUAUGAAGGAAGACAAAAAAAAAAAAAUAUAAGGAGUAAUAAAAAAGAAAAUGAAGAAAAGGAUGCAACAAAAAAAAAAAAAAAAAAAAAAAAGAUUUUAUUCUUUUCCUUUUUAAAAAAGGGUAAAUGUAUUUAUCAUAUAAAUAAUUUAAAUAUAAAUGAGAAUAAUGAUAAUAUUUUAAAAGAUGCUCAUUAUUAUAAUAAGGCAAAUUAUAUAAAAGGGAAAUGUAUGGAGCAAAAAAAAAAAAAUAAUAUAUCACAAAAUGUGGAACGUUUAAAUGAUGAAAAUAUAAUAAGAAAAUAUUCAUUAGGAACGUUAACAAAUUAUAUAAAUGAAAAAGAACAAAAAAAUAAAAAAAAACGUGAAGAAAAAAUGUCCAUAUCUUAUAAUAAUAUUCAAUUUGUAGAGACUAAUAGGUUAAGGGCUUUAUAUAUUCAACUAUUACAUAAGCAGAAUAAUUUAUUUAGAGAUCGCAAUUUUUAUAAGGAUGAAUUAGAAAAAUUGAAAGAGGAUAUAAAAAACAAUAACGAACCAUAUGCCGAAUUUAUUAAGGAAGAGAAAAAGAAAUUUAUAGAAAGAGAAAAGAAAAUAUAUAAAAAAGAAAAAAGGACUUUGAAAAGGAUGAAUGAAUUAAAAAAAGAGAUGGUUAUAUUAAAUGGAGAAUUAGAAUUAACAAAAAAUUUAUUAAAUAAGGAAACUGAUUUAAAUAAACAAUUAAAUAUAAUGUUAGAAGAAAAUAAGAAUGUAUUAUUAAAUAAUCAAACCGAAAUAAACAAUUUAAAUAAUGAAUGUAACAGAUUAAAAGAAACAACAUUAAUAGAAAAAAAAGAAAAUGAAAAAUUAAAAGAAGAGAUUAAUGAGAGAUUAAAUAAUAUUAAAAAAGUAAAUGAGGAAUUAACACAUUUAAAAGAAGAUCAAUCAUUUGAAAACUUUCGAAAACUGAUUCUACAAAAAAUUGGAAAAACAAAUGGAGAUAUAAAAUAUCUAGCUGAAUUAUUAGAAUCGUUAACAAAAGAGUUAGAAAAUAAAAAAAAAGAAGAAAUAUCUAAUUCUGAGAAGAUGUUAAAAAUACAAGAAAAUUUAAAAAAAAACGAAGAACUCUUAAAUAAAUCAAACAAGGAAUUGAAAAGAGAAAAGAAGAGGGAAAAGAAGAUGAUCGAGAGGAUAGUAUAUUUGACUGAACAAAAUGAUUAUUUGAAGGAAACUAUUCAUGUUUUAAAAUCUAAAAGAGGAAAAAAAAAAGAUAAAAAAAAAAAAAAUGAUGAUAAUUAUGAACAGGAUGAGAAAAAAGAAGAUACCUAUUAUAGGUUGUUUGAUCAAUGGAGUACUACCACCACAAAAAUGAAAAAUAUGAAAAAUAUAAAAAAUAUGAAAAAUAUAAAAAAUAUGAAAAAUAUGAAAAAUAUGAAAAAUAUGAAAAAUAUGAAAAAAAAAUGGAACGUUGAUAAGGACACAAAAAUAAAUCACAAUGAUAGGAGUGAUAAGAUUGAUAUGUAUAAUAUGAAUAAUAUACGAAAUAAUAAUGAAUAUAUAGAUGAAGAUAAUAUGUUGUUGGUGGGUAUUAAACAAAAUGACCAAAUGAAAAAAAAUGAGAAUGGACAUUUUUUUAAUUAUAACAAAGAACAUUUAUGUGAGGGGGAGGAUAAUUUAUUUAUUAUAAAUGAAGAAGAUGGUAGUUCUAAUAGCUUAGAACAUAUUGAACAAUUUUUAAGAGAAAACAAAAGAAAGGAAAGUAAUAAGAACAUGAAGAGACAGAGUGUUACAAUAUAUUCAGAUGUUGAAGAUUCUCAUAUGUCAUA